CAUCUGCAACUUAGAUCCUUUGCAGUCAUUAAGCUCCUCCAGCUUUGAGGAAGAUGCCCUGACAGUGGAUGGUACCGCAGUGGGAAACGCUGCUGAACAAUGGAAUAAAUGCCCGAAAAUGUAACGGAUAUCCACGGGCAUAUGUCAUCACAUGCAGGAGUUCAUAAACUUUGCUUGAAUCUAUGGGAGGAGCUCCAUGAUGCUGAGGCUGCUGAUGGAUUUCUGGGAAGUUUGUAGCCUACGUGCAGAUUGCGGACGUUGGAAUAUUCUGAUCUGAACAAACCAGAGCUCACUGGUGCUGCAGCUUGAUAUUUUUAAUGAUAUGAAUGUUGAAUAUUUACUUUAGGAUCUCUGUGAUUUAAACAGAUGUGAACCUCAGGACCAGGGGGGAAAUAAAAAGAUUAAACUAAGAGUUAAGGCCUUUUUUCAUCUUUACAGUGGAUUGCUUAUAGACUGGAAACGGUGAAGCAAAAGAUUGUGAAACCCUCUCACCAUGGAGCAUCCCCCUUCCAUGACCUCCUCAGUGGUAGAUGGAGAUGAGGUGGAUACCCAAUACCCCAUCCUACCACCAAGAAUGGUUCCUCAACCUCAGGCAUGCGCCCCGCUAUGUGGGAUUCACCACACAGUCCAAACAGCAGCGGAUCACCCUGUGUGGCUGGACAGAACCCAGGCCAUGGCCACCACACCUUUAUAUAACGGCCACCUUUAUGUCACACCGUCCCCUCGCUGCAACAAGAGAGGAGACAAAUCCAAAGGCAAAGAGAAGAAGAAUGACAAAAGGUCAGGGGGGUGUAGGACAGGACAGAAGGACCGAAAUCACCAGUGCAAAGGCAAACUCUCAGGAUGCCACAGACUCCAGGAAAAAGUCACAUCUUUCACUGAUGUGCCCAUUGCUCGCUGUGGGUCACCCUUUGAGGGCCCCUGCAGGUCACCCCGAGAUAUCAGGGAUGUUGAUGGUCGAGGGCAGCCCAAGUCUGGUAACAUUUCUUUGGAGAUGCAAGAUCGCCAGAGUCUUCCAGAGAUAAUAAUCACCAGCAAGGAUGACAACCCCCAGCGACACAACAAGGAAACUGAGCUUCGUCAGGACCUGUGUGAGGCUAAAGGCCUCCUGCCAGGAGUCGAGUGCCCCGGCUUGAGCCCCAGUUCCAGCCCUAAAACCAGCCCAAAACACAAUGAGGAUGAUGACAAAGAUGGUUACCGGAGGUCCCACAACAUCGGUUGGCGGCUGGUCCACAGGAGGGCUCUGUUUCUGAGGAGGCAACGCCUGAACGACUGCGCCCUGGCGGUGGGGAUAUUCGGUGUGGUGGUGAUGGUGAUGGAGACGGAGCUCUCCUGGAGUGUCUACAGCAAGAGCUCCAUCUACUCUCUCGCACUGAAGUCGGUCAUCAGUUUUUCUACGCUCAUCCUGAUUGGCCUCAUCAUAGCGUAUCACUGGUGUGAGGUGCAGCUCUAUGUUCAUGAUAUUGGUGCAGAGGAUUGGCGGAUUGCCAUGACAACGGACCGGUUGGCUCUGAUAGUCCUGGAGCUGGCAGCAGUGGCCAUUCAUCCUUAUCCAGUGGGCCUGCAGGCCUACUUCCAGCAGGUCAAGACUCGCAUGUCGCUGUCGGAGACAGAGCUGGAGAUCGUCCUGGCUCUGCCCAUGUUCCUGAGGCUGUACCUGCUGGGUCGGGCUAUGAUGCUGCACAGCCGCCUCUUCACAGACACAGCCUCCCGCAGUAUUGGAGCACUGAACAAGGUGGGCCGAGAGGUCUGUAGAGGUGUGACACUCGAGAUACACUUCAACACCCGGUUUGUUGGAAAAACGCUGAUGACCACCUACCCCGGGACCGUGCUGAUGAUUUUCAGUGUUUCUCUGUGGAUUGUGGCUGCAUGGGGCUUACAUGUUUGCGAGAGACACCACAACUACAGGGACCUGAGCAGCAACUACAUGGAGGCCCUGUGGAUGGUCUCCGUUACCUUCUUGUCUAUCGGAUAUGGAGAUGUGGUUCCUCACACCUACUGUGGACGCAGCAUCUGCCUCCUCACCGGGAUAAUGGGAGCAGGCUGCACAGUCUUGGUGGUGGCAGUGGUUGCCAGGAAGCUGGAGCUGACCAGGGCCGAGAAACAUGUUCACAAUUUCAUGAUGGACUCCCACAUCACCAAGAGGAUAAAAAUUGCUGCAGCAAAUGUGCUGAGAGAAACCUGGCUUAUCUACAAGCACACUAAGCUGUCAAGAGAAAGAGACCACGGCAGAGUCCGCAUGCACCAACGCAAGCUGCUCCUGGCCAUCCACCAGCUGCGGCGAGUGAAGAUGGAGAAGAGAAUACUUGCUGACCAGGGGAACACACUUGUGGACCUUAACAAGAUGCAGAACCUGAUGUAUGACGUGCUGUCAGAGGUGCAGGGCUGCAGGGGAGAGCUGGACACGCACAUCAACACCCUGGAGAAGAACGUGGAGGAGCUGAGAGAGGGCUUCAGGAGCCUGAUGCCGCUUCUCUCCAGCACUCUGUCCACGCAGAACUCCUCCAUCCGCCACCUGCUCAGGGAGAGGGAGGUGAAGACGGAGAUUGCAAGCAUGAGCAGAGACGACAGGUAGAGGAACGGAUAAGGAGGUCUUCUCAAGGCACUCGUUAAGGAGUUAUCUGCCUUUAAUGCAGCUAAAAAUGACUUUUUGAAGAGGACAGAAAAAAAAGCAAAGGUUUAUUAGAGAUUUGUAAAACUGUAUUAAAAUAUACUUAUUUUUUGUAGCAGAAAUAAAAUCAAACUGUAGAAAUUAGUACUGUGGCAGCAAGAAAACUAAAAAUGUAACCAUUUUGCCCAAUUAAGUCUUUAACUUGAAUAAUCACCAGUGCUCGCAGGUUGAUCCUAUGUCAUAACUUACUUUACAACUGUGGACUUCUAAAGUAUUUGGGUCCACGGUCAAUAACCUGCAGAUACUUUUACCUCUACUUAAUACAUAAACUAAGCCAGCUUUUAUUCUGCAAAUGCUGCAUUAUAUAAUAAAAUCUGUAUAACCUAGUACUGUUUGGUAUUGUAUUAUAAAUCCAAUGUUAACCUGUAGUACUUUAUAAUAAAAGGUGACAACAC